AUGCGCCUUCACUCAAUCUGUCUUUCUCUCUCGGGCAUAUCCCGACGAUUGAUUACCUUGACCUUACAGCGACACACGCCCUGCCUGGUAGUACGGGGCCCGAGGCAAAACUCGGCCACAAUUGUAAGGGACCUUUGUCAUCGUUAUACAAGUCACGUUGAACGACUACGUGGGCUAUCGACAGGAGGCAACCAGUUGUACCGCCCAUCUCUUCAUCGCCGAAGAGGGAACCAAGAUCCCGCCCCGUCCGAGUUACGCCUCCCCCGAACCGCGGUGCGGACAUUUCCCCGCGAACUAUCCGUACCUACCUCACUGUUCCGCGCGUGA